UAAAAAUCAUAGGAAACUCGCAAUUUUAAUCACAAAAAUCCGCCAAACUUUUUUGAAGAUUUAAAACUUUAGUCUGAUUCUGGCUUCCAUAAUGGUCGGGUUGGCAACAUUUAUUGCUGCAAAACAAGGUGGUAGGAUCAUUGUAGAUGAACAGGGAUAUCAUUACAAGAAGACAAGUGUAAACAAGAAGACGGGUGUAAGCUAUUUGAGGUGCCGGGAUAAGAUUGCUGAAAAAUGCGAUGCUAGAGCCAUUCUUAUCAAUGAAUCUGGGAUAAUUCAGUCCGUUAAACCCGACCAUACCCAUGGAAAUAGGUUUGUGAAGAAUAAAGUUCGAGCUGUUGAGCAGGAGAAAAUAAUGGCUGCUGCAAACCUGCCUACAGUUGCCCCAAGAGCAGUUUUUGCUGAUAUUACUGGGACCGUAAACCAAGAAAUGACGGAUUUUGCUGCAGCUUAUGUUAGGAAAUCCUCAACGAUUGCUCGUGCAAUUCAAAGGAAAAGAGUUGCUGAGAAGGGGUAUCCAUCCAUUCCUAAAACCUACUCAGACCUUGACAACAUCACAGAUAAGCUCUCCUCUACAAUGGAUGGAUCAAAAUUCCUACUCUGCAAUGAUAAGACCAUCCCAGAAAACCCCCAUGAGGACGCAAAACGCUUGAUGAUCUUCAUGAGUGGGGAAGGAAGGGACACCCUUGCGUCCUGCGAGCACUGGUUUGUUGAUGGAACCUUCAAGUCGGCGCCUGCACCUUUGUUUAUUCAGGUUUUUUUCAUAAUCGGUCUUACAUCUCUGGGAAAAGCUGUACCUUGUGCCUACUGCUUAUUGCCGGAUAAAGAAAAAUCUACUUACACAAGAUUGGCGGAGGUUAUUCGAGACAGUUUUGCCGACCUGGAUGAUAUAAAGUUGAAUUCCAUCACUAUGGACUUUGAAAAGGGACUGAUAUCUGCGUUUAAGAAUACAUUUGAAGAUGUAAAAAUCAUAGGUUGUGAUUUUCAUUGGAAAAAGUGUCUAAGAGAGAACAUUAGAGCCCAUGGACUUCUUCCUUUACACGACUCUGAUGAAGAGUUCCACAAACUGGUUCGUACUCUAUGGGCUCUGUCCCUUAUCCCAUUAGGUGAUCUUAUUAAAACCUACCAAACCCGGAUUCAAAAUGUUAUCAAGGAAAACUUGAAAAACAACAACAACUGGGCAGAGUACUUGGAAGAAAUAAAAUCAUUUUUUCUAUACUUUAAUCGUACCUGGAUUGGAGAGGUGAACCCAAGAACCAAGUCCCGUGGGAAACCAAUGUUUGAUUAUGGACUGUGGAACAAACAUGAUUCAGUCUUAAUGGAUUUGCCAUCAACCAACAACUUUUGUGAGGGAUAUAAUAAUGCAUUCAAGCGUUGUCUGCCAGCAAAUGCCUCUGUUUGGGUUCUCAUUGACAGAUUUAGGGAAGAGGAUAGUAUGGCAAAACAGUCUCUGCUACAGGCAGCCCGAGGAAAUCUUGGCCCAGAUGCUAAUAAGUCAAGAAAAUCAAUCACCGUACAGAGGAGAGAAGAUUUGAAGAAUGUCCUACAAACAUACGACCAAGUCUCAUUUAAUAUGUUUAUGACGAACUUGACAGCAUUGUAUGACAAUUAAACAUUUGGAGUAAUGCAGAGCAGUACCAUAUGUAGUUUUUAUAUGUAUGUUUAUAACCUUUUUUUCAUAGUUUUGUAGACAAAAAUAUUCAUUGCAUUGAAUUAUAAAUAUAGAAACCAUUAAUAAUGAUUUUUUCAGUAAACAAAUUUGUACAGUGUUAGUAAAAAAAAAUGGAUAACAACUUAACAACUUUAUUA